CAGAUACAACGCUGCUGCCGCUCUGUCCUUCAACAGUAAUGGCGUUAGACCAGUAUCAGCCUAGCAAACUCCGAUGGGGAGAGCUUGAAGAAGACGACGGAGAAGAUCUUGAUUUCCUCCUUCCACCGAAACAAGUGAUAGGACCUGACGAAAACGGGAUCAAAAAAGUGAUCGAGUACAGGUUUGACGAAGACGGUAACAAGGUCAAGAUUACCACCACCAAACGCAUCCGCAAGAUUGCUAAGGCUCGACUUAGCAAAAGCGCUAUCGAGCGCCGUUCUUGGCCCAAAUUUGGAGAUGCUAUUCAUGAAGACGUUGGUGCUCGUCUCACUAUGGUCUCAACUGAGGAAAUCAUCCUCGAGCGUCCCCGAGCUCCUGGUUCCAAGGCAGAAGAAGGCAAGGGUGGUGAUUCCCUAGCUCAACUUGGAAAAGGAGGAGCAGUUCUGAUGGUGUGCAGGACAUGUGGAAAGAAAGGUGAUCACUGGACAUCAAGAUGCCCAUACAAGGAUUUGGCAAUGCCAACUGAUGGCUUCGUUGAUAAAUCAACUGCUGCUGCUGGUCAAGACACAAUUGCUGCUUCUGGAACCGCCACCAAGGGAGCUUAUGUUCCACCAAGCAUGAGGGCAGGUGCUGAAAGGCCUGCAGCUGGAUCUGAUAUGAGGAGAAGGAACGAUGAGAACUCUGUCCGUGUGACUAAUUUAUCAGAAGACACUCGCGAACCUGAUCUUCAUGAACUCUUCAGGACCUUCGGAUCUGUUACCCGUGUUUAUGUUGCCAUUGAUCAAAAGACUGGCAUGAGCAGAGGUUUUGGUUUCGUUAAUUUUGCCAACAGGGAAGAUGGUGAGAGGGCAAUUGCUAAGCUCAAUGGGUAUGGCUACGACAAUCUCAUCCUUCGUGUGGAAUGGUCUGCCCCGAGAACAACCUAAGGAUGGUACACAAAUUUCCUUUGAAUUUCUGUUUUUGUUAAGGUGAUGGGACUAUUUUCAUGGUUAUUUAAGACUUAAAACAACUUGUUAUUCUUAUCUUUGAAAUGCUUCCUUUAAACUAUAUUUAGUGGAAUUUUUAUAAAAAGCAUCUUACAUAGAUUUACCU